GAACCAGGUUAAGCUAACUUAUCCAUAGUAGUUAACCAUGGGAAGGCUCGGCGGUGGCAGCGAUUCUCCGAGGACCAACCGCGCCGCAGCGGCAUCCGGUGACGAUCCAUGGGUCACCCACUUCGGCCACCCUCAUCACCUACAGCUCACGCCGCCGGACCCAUCGCAGCCGCCGCCCAUAUGCGCCGGCUGCGACUCCCGCGUCUCAGGCGGCGCUUACUACUUCUGCGAGCCGUGUAACUACGCGCUGGACGCCUCCUGCGUCCAGAUGCCUCGGCGGAUCCGCCACCCGGCCCACAAGGACUCCAUGAACAUCGCCGUCGGCGACGCCGCGUCUAGCUGCCGAGCGUGCGGCCGAGGCAGCAGCGGAUUCGUGUUCCUGUGCGAACCUUGCGGUUACCAGGUGCACUGCCAGUGCGCCGCGAAGCAGCUCACGCUGAAGCACCGGGCGCACCAGCACGCGCUCCACCUCGUCUUCUCCCCGCCGUACGAGGAGAAGGUGUUCUCUUGUGACGUGUGCUGUGGCGCCGGGACCGACCACUGGCUAUAUCGCUGUGCCACAUGCGAUUUCGAUAUUCACAUCGAGUGUGCCACGUCCGCAUCGAAGCCGGCGGGAAAUCUGCAAACAGCGACUAGUUCACGGCAAACAGAGCAGAAGGCUCGCCCACGGCCACGAGGCCGACAGCCAUCGCAUUCUGGAGAUGGGAGCGAAAGCAGCAGCGAAUCGGGUAGAGAUCAAGAUGGAGGAGACGAUGGUGCAUUAAAUUUCGCGCCCGAUCCGAUUCAAUCCCGGCCACAACGGCCUCAGAGUCGAUUGGGGCAACGUGGCCGUGGGAGACAGACACAGGGAUCCCUAGAGCCACCUGCUCCACUGCCGGUGGCGACCCAAUGGUCACCUGCACCGCGGCAACGGGCUUCCCAGCCGCAAGUAGGAGAUGGCAGUGACAGCGGCAGUGAAUCGAGUGAAGAUCAAGAUGGAGAAGACAAGGGUGCACAGCAGACUCUGACCAGGCCUCAGGGUCAGUUGGGGCAGCGUGGACGCGGGAGACAGCAGCGGGGAUCUCAACAGCCACCUGCGCCACUUCCAGCGGCAACGCAACGGCCAUCUGCACCACGGCAACGGGCUUCCCCGUCGCAAGCUGGAGAUGGCGGUGACAGCAGCAGCAGCGAAUCGUGCGGAGAUCGAGAUGGAGAAAACAACGAAAUGGCCCAGCAGACUCUGCCCCGGCCUCGGACUAAGUUGGGGCAGGGUGACCUUCGGAGACAGCAACUGGGAUCACAGCAGCCAUCUGCGCCACUGCAACCGGUCCCUCCACGGGAAUCGGCACAAGCACGGCCGCAACAAGCACAAUCACCGGCCAUGGGGCAUCUAAGUCCUCGGCGGCCGCUGGGACAGUCUCCUCUGCAUCAGCCUCGGCAACCGCAACAACCGCAGACACUACCACCGGCCAAUGGGCUUGUACGCCCACCACGGCCCAUCGGGCAAUCUCCUCCGCCUCAAUCUCUGUGGCAACAGCAACAACCACCAGCACCAUCGCCGAUGAUGGGCCUUCUAAAUCCACCACAGCAGCGGCGGCAGCUUUUGCCGUCUCAGCCUCAGCAGCAAUCACAACAACAACCUCAGGCAAAUCCAACAGGAGAUGACAAUUGUUCUUGUGGCGAUCGCUACAACUGCACUUGCCAAGAUGGAAACAGAAGCCAAGGAAAUGGCCAUGGCGAUUGUGCCUGUGGCGAUCGCUACAAUUGCACUUGCCGAGAUAGAAAUAGAGAUCAAGGAGAUGGAAAUGGCGAUUGUGCCUGUGGCGAUCGCCACAACUGCACUUGUAGAGAUGGAAAUAGAGAUCAAGGAGAUGGAAAUAGAGAUCAAGGAGAAGGAAAUGGCAAUUGUGCCUGUGGCAAUAGGUACAACUGCACCUGUCAAGAUGGAAAUGGAGGCGACGAUGAUCCAUUAAACUCAAUUCCGAAUCAAGAUGGAGGCGUAGACCAUAGAUCAAACUAUUAUGAGGAAAAUGUGGAGGUAGAUUAUUCCUUCGAUUAUCAUGGAGCAGAUGGAUCAAGCGUGACGGUGGAUUAUUCGUGUGAAGUAGCGGAGGAUUCCUAUGUCCAUGAUGACUCGUACAAUUACUAGUUCGGUCAAUGUCUGCAACAUGCAUGUUCUCGGCGAUCAGAGCUGGAAGACAAGUUCCCUGAAGUCAUUAAAGUGAGAGUGUGAGACUCUGUAUCUCUUGUUUGACAUUUUGCGUGUUCUUGUUGAUUUUUAAAUUUGUUAUUUUUCUUAUCAUGUGCUCUUAGUUGGAUCUUGAGCAAAAUAUAUGUAAGCAGUAUCUGUUGAUUAUGAAUAAGUGCAUCUCUAUCGUGAUUCGGAUGAUUA